AUGAGGCUGGCCGGUCGCGCGGCGCUGCUGGCGGUGUUGCUGCUCCUGGCACAGUUGCGCCCAGGGAGCAACCAGUGGAGCCCGGAGGAGGUGGCGGCCAGAGUCCAGGACCCGAGUCUGCGCUGGAGUCCCGGGGCUCGGAACCAGGGUGGUGGAGCCCGCGCGCUCCUCUUGCUGUUGGCCGAGCGCUUCCCCCGCCGCGCAGGGACCGGCGGAUGGGGAUCCGGGACCUCAGGUGAGCGGCCGCGACGGGAGGACCCUCCGCUGUCCAUCGACCUCACUUUCCACCUGCUGCGGACCCUGCUGGAGCUGGCGCGGACGCAGAGCCAGAGGGAGCGCGCGGAGCAGAACCGCAUCCUAUUUGACUCAGUGGGCAAGUGA